GAGUGGAAAGAGCGCCUCGGAGCGGGGGAGGGGAACCCUUGGCGAGACCCGGGCCGUCGGGUUGCGGCCUUCCCACAGUGUCUUGUCUUCACCCUGCCGGGCUCUCGUCUUACGCAGCUCACGGCCGGAGAGCGGGCACUUGGUGUGCUCCGGUCACAGCCAUCGCCGUCCUUCCCUGAGGAGCCCGUCCAAACGCUCAGGAAGACUCGCUGUCGCUAGCAGAAACUGAGGCCCGAAGGGCGAGGCUGUCUGUGUCUUGCUCAAGGCCGGUUUGCGGACGCCUAGCCUCCCGGCCCCCAGCUCGAAGACGCGGGCCCGCCGUGGCCCCUGGCCAGGCGCCAGCCACUCUGCAGUGGCCGGGGUCAGGCCGGGGGCGGGGCUUGGCUGGGCCGGUCCAGGAUGCGAGAUCCUGGAGGAAAGAAGCGCGGUGGUGGCCUUUCGGGCGGCCGGCGGGCUGGGCUUCUGGGGACAGGUAACACUGAAGUGGGCCGUUCAUCGGAGCCAGACGUCAGGCCGCCGGAGGCGAGAUCCCCGGUGGCCGAAUGGAUUUCCGAACCCCCGACCUGCUGGAUGCGUGGCUGGAGUCCCCAGAAGAUGUUUUCUCAACAGGGACCUUCCCGGAGCCGGGACUGCACGGCCCACCUCCGGAGGCCCCGGGGACGAAGCUCCAAGAACGGGGGCUGCGAGGCUGGGAGCCCAGUGGGGGCCGUGGCUGUGGCCUUCGAGACAGUGAGCCUGAAGACUUCCUGAAACUUUUCAUUGACCCCAAUGAAGUGUACUGCUCAGGAGCCUCUGCUAGCAGCGACAGUGGCCAUCCAUCUGAGGACCCUGGCCGUCCAGACAGGCCUCCCGCCCCUCAAGCACCCAGUCCCCCUGCUCUCUAUGAGGUGGUCUAUGAGGCAGGGGCCCUGGAGAGGACGCAGGGGGAAGCUGGGCCAGCUGUAGGGUUCAUCUCUCUCCAGCCAGGUCAGCGGAGCCCACAACUGACCGUGCCUGAUGCCUGCGUGGUCUGCGAGCUGCCCUGUGAUGCUCACGACACCCUGCCCGGAGCAGGCACUGUAAACCCAGUGCCUCCUGCGACCCUGAAGGCACGCAGGGAGCAGCCUUGUGUGAUGGGAAAGACAGGACCCUCCCCCACUGUCCUCUCACCCUCUCCCGUUCUCCACCAGCUGCCCUGUCAGACCUUGUUCCUGACAGAAGAGGAGAAGCGUCUGCUGGGGCAGGAAGGGGUUUCCCUGCCCGCACACCUGCCCCUCACCAAGGCAGAGGAGAGGGUCCUCAAGAAGGUCAGGAGGAAGAUCCGGAACAAGCAGUCAGCUCAGGACAGUCGGCAGCGGAAGAAAGAGUACAUCGACGGGCUGGAGAGCAGGUAUGUCUGGACGUCGGUGUCCAGCUCUCCGUGGGCCCUGUGUGGGGCCUCCUUACCAGGGCAGGCAGGUCAGGGCCCGCAGGGUUGCAGAGCUUUGUCCCGCCUGUCCACACACCCUAGGGCCGCUGCCUGCUCUGCACAGAACCAGGAACUGCAGAAAAAAGUCCGGGAGCUGGAGAGGUGCCACGUCUCCCUGGUAGCUCAGGUCCGCCAGCUGCAGCUGCUGGCCGCCCGGACCUCCAACAGAGCCGCCCAGACCAGCACUUGCAUCGCGAUCCUUCUUUUUUCCCUGGCUCUAAUCAUCCUGCCCAGCGUCAGCCCCUUCCAGGGUCUCCGGGAAGCUGGGCCUGAGGAUUACCGGCCUCAUGGAGUGAUGUCCAGAAAUAUCCUAAGUCACAAGGACACGACAGAAGGUUUGGAGACCACAGUAGGAGAGUCCAGACCAGGGGGGCCACUUAAGCCCAAGGGUGAACAUGGCUCAACAAGGACAUUGCUUGAGAAGAUGGGAGGGAAGACAGGCCCCAAUGGGCACGGAGCUGUGCUGCACGCGGAAGAGAUGUGAACCCACCUGCUUCCCGGCCACAAGAAGGAAUCCGGGAUCCCCCGUGGCUCUUGUUCCCCCUGGGUGUCCCAUUCAGAAUUCUUUGGCUUCAGGGGUCUGAAUCAUUUCUGGACGUCCGAAAUGUCUGUACCCUGAGGCACAGGCUACAUGAGACAUUUCCAAAACUUUAUACAUCUGCAACUUUAUUUCUUCUUUGGGGUUAGGGUUGAGGGGAAACAGAGGUUUUGGCUGAGAAAUAAACUUUUUUGCUGA